UGCCCUGAUGUCAUGAUCUCUGUAUCCCAUCCAACCUAGUGUAAGGAAGUUACUUUUUUGAUAGGACUGGACAAGGACUGGUUGCCAGACAUGACACAGAGAAAUUCUAUGUCCAUAUAACAGAUUAUCAUUCAGAAAACAUCCCAAAAAGAUUGGAUCAUUCCCCAGAGAGAGAGGAAACUAAAGAUACCCAAUACAAAGACAUUUCUUCGAUCGUACUUGACAAGGACUGCUUGUUGGACACAACACAGGGAAAUUGUGUGUCCAUAUAACAGAUUAUAAUUCAGAAAAGAAGAUGGAUUCAUUCCCCAGGGAUUAGAGGAAAGUAAAGGUGUUUGCGACAGUUAGGAGAGACCAGCAGCCCACAGAAAGUUUCAGGAUUACUGAGCUGAGGACAUCAUCAUCAUCCCUGCCCCCAAUGGAGCCUGGCCUUGAAAAUGGAAACAGAAGUCACAGGGUUAAUUUCAUACCAGAUAAUGUAGCUACAGCAAUCAUUGGUGUCACUCUGCUUUUCUGCCUGUUGGGGCUGGUGGGAAAUGGGAUUGUGCUCUGGUUCCUCGGCUUUCGCAUUAAGAGGAACCUCUUCACUGUCUAUGUUCUCAACCUGGCUGCCGCUGACUUUGGCUUCCUCCUCUGCUUGCCUAUUUCCCUCACGGUGUACGUCGCACAUUUAUUUAACUUAUUAUUCUUAAUAACAAUCAUGGACUUGCUGCUUGUGUUCACGUACAGCACCAGCUUGUACCUCCUGACAGCCAUCAGUGCCGAAAGGUGUGUGUCUGUCCUUUUCCCCAUCUGGCACAGAUGUCGCCGCCCAACGCACUUGUCUGCUAUUGUCUGUGCCUUGCUCUGGGCUCUCUCCUGCCUGUUCUCUGGACUGAGAGCAUAUUUUUGCUUUUCUGACUCCUAUGAACGUUGCAUGGUGGUGCUCGCUCAACUCACUGGCACAAGUUUCCUAAUAUUCACCCCUAUCAUGGUUCUAUCCAGUCUGAUCCUGAUCAUCAAGGUCCGCUGUAGCUCCCAGCGACGCCCACCAGGAAAGCUCUACGUCGUUAUCCUGCUCUCUGUCCUCUUCUUCCUCCUCUUUAUUGUUCCCUUCAGUAUUCUUGCCUUCUUCCUGAAUAUUGUUAAUUAUAGCCAUUUCAUCGCUACGGGUUUCAUGCUGGCCUCUCUCAACAGCAGCAUUAACCCGGUUAUUUACUUCUUUGUCGGGAGCUACAAGAAACGACAAUUCAGAGGAACCAUCAAAAAGGCACUCCAGAAUGUGUUUAACGAUGAAGCAAAUACCAGUGAGGCAAAUCCCAGUGAGGAAGGGGUUAAGGAUUCGGCCAAUUAAAUCCCUAUGCAACCAACCAAGAACCUAUUAUGGACGUUUCUCUAGAACAAUGGUUCUCAGUAUGCAGGCUGCUUGCAGCCCAAACAGCACACGUGACAGCCUCAGGCCCAGACCGGCGGUAACUACAUUGUGUGGCUUCAUAUGCGGCUCACGAUUGGUUGAGAAUCACAGAUCUAGAAGGAUCAUAAAAUUCAAAGAAAUUAGAGAUGAGAAAGUUCCUCUCUUUCCAUUCUUCUGUGUUCUGCGUAUCUCGAGGACUGCUAUCAUCACUCAGGGCCCGAUCCUGGUGCCGCUGAAAUCAGAGGCAACAUUUCCUUUGGAUUUAAUAGGAGCAGGACCAUACCGUUCGUUUUCCCUAUAAUGUAAGGGAAAUCUCUUACCAUGAAUAUUUCUUUGGAUGUUCUAUUUCUCCAAUAUGAAGUAAAUUAGUUUGAUCUGAUGUAAGCAGGGUCGGAACAAACUCAUCCUUGACAUGGUAAACUGAGGCAAAGCACAAUGCCCAAAAUACUGUGAGGAGAUUGUUUAACUUAUUAUUUGUAUGCUUUCAAGUCACUGGAGCAGUGUUACCCAAACAAAUGUUGUGUUUUCUUCUUUUAAUUAAACUUUGCAUUUGUUAAACAGGGAUUCAGUGCUUGCAGUAGAAGUAUUGUUUCAGAGACGUAGCCAGAGUGGUGUACAUCUUUCCCAGGUUCCUGGCAGGCGGGUUUAUGCUGGUUAUAUUCUAUACUGUUUAGCGGAUUCCUUAGAUAUGGAACCCUGUAAUGUUUGUUGCCACCCCCAUGUGGCAGACCGGUCACCCUGAUAAUGACAUGUUUGGAGGGUGUGUUACUGUUUCUUCUCUACAGGCUGCUUGUAAAUGACUUCUCGCCGCUGGUAAACUAGGCUUGGUAAUGUGGGGAGUGAACACGUGUGGAUUUAGGAAAAACGGUCUCAGGAAAAGACGUGAAAUCUCAGCAUAAAGCAACUUGUUGGGAGAGCACCUGUACAGGGACAAUCCACAAAACGUGCAACAUGGCACUGCCUGCCCUCUGACUUCUGUACCUUAGUCCUGGAAAUAUUCCCUUCUGUUCAUACUAAAAAGAGUAAACUCAGAUGGGAGUUUAUUCAAUUGCAAAAGUGCCCUGGCAUUGCAGAGCCAUGUAUUAAAUUGUGCUUUCAGAUUCAGUCUCCCCUAGAGAUUUUCACCUGGGGCCGUUCUUUCCCCACACCCAACGUGCACUUUCCUUUUCCUCUUUCUGUUGACUGGUUUGCAGCAGGAAGCCCUGUCAAUGGACAUGCCUCACAGAAACAGAGCAAAACAGAGUCUCACAGAAAUGGGCCGGUUGGAGAAAGUUGCUGACUGUUCUUUUCGAAGAUGGAACGCUGGCUCAGGCUGUGGCCUUUGUGACACUGUGUCUAGGAAAGAUGACCCUUUAUAUCACUUUUAUAAAAUUACCAGAAGGCAUGAAUGGAAAAGCUACGAUCUAUCAAGUACAAUUCUCCUGAUUAAAGCCACAUAUCUUCUUUGUAUCUAAAGUUAGGAAUAUUGGCCAGGUAUUUCCAUCUCCAAGAAGUGUGUUGUUCCAGGGCCACACACCAACACAAAAUGACAGAUUUACAUCAGGAUGAGACAGCUCUCUGUUGUUAGCAUGUUAAGGACACUUAUCGCACAAUAAGACAUUGAAAAAAUGCAUCCCUCCCAAUGGAUUCUUCCUGUGGACACCUCAGCUAGCAAGACACCAGCAUCCAUCCUUGUGACUCAGCAAAACAUGGAAGGACAUGUGAAGAGAACAGGUAACCUAAGACUCUGUCCUGGGCCACUAACUUUCCAUUCAACAAUGUUGUGGGCUUUGUUUGGGACAGUUAAUUUACAUGCACAUGGAAGAUUCCCCAUAGACACCUCAAUUUUACCUCUUUGCUGCUCUAAUUCUCUUAAUUAUGGAUUUACAAGUCAAAGGGCUAUCUUGAACCAUGGAAUGAAGACCUACCAAACUUUUGGAAGUGACCAGAGAGACUUUUGCCAGCCAGCAGCCUGUUCCAGCAUUUCUACAAUCCUGACAGAAACACUUUGCAAUUGUUUGUAUUUAAAUUAUCUAUUAACCAUUUGUAACUAUUCCUUUCUUGUAGUAUUAAAUCUAGAUACAUAUUGACCUGGA